UUCCACCAUUUCCAUCGCAUCUAAAUCAAGUUUCUCCAAUUUUCUCGAGAAACAAACACAGUCAAUCAAAAUCCUUCAGACCUUCGAUUUCGUUUUUUCUCAAUGGCUCGUACCAAGCAGACUGCUCGUAAGUCCACCGGAGGGAAGGCCCCUCGCAAGCAGCUGGCAACAAAGGCUGCUCGGAAGUCGGCUCCCGCUACCGGAGGAGUGAAGAAGCCUCAUCGUUUCAGGCCAGGGACUGUGGCGCUGAGAGAGAUCAGGAAGUACCAGAAGAGCACUGAGCUCUUGAUCCGCAAGCUUCCGUUCCAGAGGCUUGUGAGAGAGAUUGCUCAGGACUUCAAGACCGAUCUCCGGUUCCAGAGCAGCGCCGUGGCGGCGCUGCAAGAGGCGGCGGAGGCCUACUUGGUAGGUCUCUUUGAGGACACCAAUCUCUGCGCCAUUCAUGCCAAGAGGGUCACCAUUAUGCCCAAGGACAUCCAGCUUGCUCGUAGAAUUAGGGGGGAGAGGGCUUAGAAAUCCGAAAUCUAGGGUUUUGGAAUUAACAGUAUGUAGUAGAUUCUUCAUGCUUUUUGAUGGGAUUUGGAAGUGGAUAUGUAAAGUUUGAAUCUUGAAGGUUGAAUGGUAAAUCUUUGCUUGCUAAUUGAA